GAGUAGUGGUUGGGGUAGAUAGUGAAAGGUGAAAUUGAGAUUGAGAGAAGAAUAUAGCUUUGUUUUUUUUGGGAAAAAAAAGCAAAAUAAAAUAAAAUAAUUUUGUGGCGAUGGCGGAUCUCACCAAAUACGAAAAAGAGCGGUUGGCGCGAAUUGCGCGCAAUCGCGCGCUUCUCGAAAGUCUUGAUUUGGCCAAGUCGGCAGAUGAACUGGCGGCGGCGUCCGCAGCCGCAGCCGCGGCAGCAGCGGCUGUGGACGCCUCGGCAGUUUCCAGACACGGCUGUGAUCGUGAUUUUUUUGGCGGGAAUAGUAAUGAUGGCGGGAUUUCGAGGCGCUCUGAGAGACUCCGGGAGAUCGGCGCCAACUCACGAAAGCAAUUAGUCGAUUUUUCGAGUAGCGAGUCUGACCGCUAUUUGAGCUCCGGUUCCUCCGGCGACGAGGGUGACAAAGAAGAGGAAGAGGGAGAGGGAGAGGGAGGGGGUUGUGCAAGCCGGCGCGCAGCGGGAAGAAGAAAGCGCGGGAAAUCGGAUUCUGACCAGAGGAAGAGUCGCAAGAAAACCGCAAAUGAGGUCCACGACGAUGUGGCGGCGAAGACCCCUCUGACCCCUCGACGUUUCCAAAGCGAUGGGGGAAAAAAAAGAAGUGAUGACGAAGACGAAGACAUCGAGGAUGAGUAUCAUCCCGAGAAUGCAUCAUCUAGUGAUUUCUCCUCAAGCUAUGGUGAAGAAGGGAGUGCAGAGGAAGAUGAAGAAGCUGGCGAUGGCGCAGUUUCUGCUGGAAAGCAGCGCAAGUCAACAGCCCGUGGGCAACGCAGACAUGGACAUGGAUCGGCACAACCAGCGAAGGCCAUUCGGAGGAAAAGUGGAAAAGGCGGACAGGUACGUGAAACAAGCUGCUGGAGAAAGGAUGAGGAUGAAGCCUGCCUUGGAAAAGGUGUCAAGAAAGCUGAUGGUUCAAACCGAGGAGGUCGAUUGGCGGAGGAGGACGUUGCCAUGGAUCAACAAGACCAUAAUGCGACGGUGGCUAUGGUGACUAUGGAUGCUGAUGACGAAUUAGCUUUACAGCAGGCGCUUGCAUUGUCGCUUGGACAGUCUCUGGAUGCCGUGAACGUGCCCACGGAAGGGCUGGUGCAGGCCAGUGCUCAUGAGCAGGAAGUCAAUGUGAAAGCUGAUGGCUGUUUUGCGGAGCGUGGGGACGAAGAUGGAGGAAACGGUUCUGACAAGAGGAAGGGGAGAGGAGGUGGCGGGAAAGGGAGAAAAGGUUUAGGCUGUCAUGAAACUGAGAAAAAGAAUGAUGGCGGCAAACAAGUGGGAAAGAGAAGAUUGGGACCUCCUCCACCGACAGAGGAAGAAGUGGAUGCACUCUUCUACAUAUUUGACGAUAGGAGUAGAGGAAAGAUCUCGUACAAGGAUGUGGAGCGCAUGGCUACCUUGCAUGAUUUCACAUGGUCAGACGAGCAGAUUCAAGACAUGAUUGAUUUUUACGACAAUGAUGGUGACAAGCGUUUGGAUCUUGCUGAGUUUCGGGCUAUGGUCCAAAGCUGCAACGUGACUCUUGUCUGAGGAGAACAGUUUUAUAUUUGAAGGCUUGCGCAAAGCUGCCGCUAUCAGUCGAAGGAAUAGUCCCACCUUGCCAGGCCAGGCAGGGUGGAGAACACCUGCGGCGGAAGUUCAUUGGGCGUCAAAUGUAUUGGGCAUCGGCUUUCUGUAUGGUUGAUUAUUUUCAAGCUGCGGUACCUGUGAGAAGCUGCGCCUGCUAUGUUGCCUAAGACGCGAGCAAGAUUGCUGCUUGUGUACUUGCUCUCAGAAGCCUGCCUUCUCUACAUCUGAGUGCGCACUGCUGCUACUCUACGAUGCAAGAGCGGGCGAGGCAAGAGGCCAAAGCAAGCAGACUUGGGGAUGAAGUCCAGCAGUCUCGAGCAUGGGAGUUCGGAUCGGAUUGUUUUUGUCUCGAAUAACAUCCUGCCUGCCACUGUCUCUUGUUGUCACUUGUCCGCUUCACACACAAGCAUAUGUAUAGUGACUGUAGUCCUCCCUGUACAAGUGAAUUAUACAAUUUGGGCUUCUAAGGUUGUUGCUGCUUCUUAGGGCGUACUCACACUAGCACCAUCUUCAAUGUAUCUGACCGCAAUUGCGGCCGCACCUGGAUGUACCUGACAGCAUGUACAUCCAAAAGUCCGUAAAAUAGUCCUAGUGUGAGUAUGCCCUUAUAUGCGCAUUGCAGAUACACAAGCGCCUGCAGUACUCCCUUCGUUUGGUUGUCUGUUUGCUGCGAAUGGGAAAGGAUGGUUUUAACGUCGGUGAGUUCGAAAUCACACAGCGGUAUGUGUUUUGGUAGAGAAUUGAUGUAGUUUGGGGAGGAGCUCUUGGUGUUUAACAAUUUGCUUGUCUAUGGGAGGGGCAUUACGAGUAUUUCGCGUUCGAUCUAUUGCAUCUUUGUGUUCGCCUUCAAGGCGGUGUGUGACUUAGCAUACUCGUCUUCUAGCCGGUGUGUGUCUGGUCUUGUAGGCGGUGUAUGACUUCGUAGCAUACUUGUCUUCUAGGCGGUGUGUGACUGUUCUUCUGGACGGUGUGUGACUUAGUAUAUUUGUCUUCUAGGCAGUGUGUGACUUAGUAUACUUGUCUUCUAGGCAGUAUGUGACUUCGUAUGCUUGUCUUCUAGGUGGUGUGAGUUAGUAUACUCUAGAUGUGAGUUAGUAUACUCUAGGGCAUCUCAUUCUUAGUAGUUACAAUGGUACAUACUUUUUGGUUGUCUACUAAGCAGAAGCAAGGGCAUAUCAUUCUUAGUAGUUACAGACGUUUUGGUUGUCUACUAAGCAGAAGCAGUGUACGACUUAGUCAUUUGAGUUCUCUAGAUGUACAAAAAGUCACUCAAGCUGUCUAGAUGUGAAGAGUUUGCGACUUUGGAUGCUUUCUCUACAUGACGCUGUCAUGCUGUUAGAGUUUUCCGGAUUUCUGUAUAUCGGUUUGAUUUCUAGAUGUGCAUCAUCAUUCACAGAAUCACAACCAGUUUUUUAAUGCCUUUCUGCGGAGGAUAUAUGUUGAUGGAAGAUGUGCAAUUGAAUUCCUGACUAUGACGAUA